CGACGUCGCCCUUGUAAACUCUUCCUCAUAGAAAUAAGGCAAAAAAGUCGACGGCGAACUUCGAAAGAUAAGAGAAAAACCUCAAACGCUGUGAGAGUCUGUGACUGAAAACGAUUUCCAGGUGGUUUCCGAAUUGGAAUAGAAAUUUAUUCAUCUGAAAAGUUGUUGAAAUAAAAUAAAAAACGAGAGAGAGAGAGUGUGUGUGCGCUAAUGGAUUCAUCUUCAUCAGUGAUAACUCCAGAGGAUGUGUUGGAAUCGCUGAUGAAUGACGGUACAAUCGACGCGCUCAGAUUGAAGAUCAUCAACCAGCUCAAAGCCAAUGAGGAGCUUAAGAAUACCACUAUCAAAAUGGCAGAACAGAGCAAAGUUCUUAACACCCCUGGAGCAGAGAAACAGACGAAAAGAGAGCUGUUUGAUGCUCUAAGGCAGGAACUUGAAGCUCCAGUGCUUGAGAAGGCUUCUAAAUCAGUUUGGGAGCUUAUUUUAGACAAUAAUGGGCUGGGGAAGGAAAUUAGUGGGAUGGUUGAAAAAGUAUUUUGUCGACUGAGUGGACGGGAACCUCCUUUGUUUCCUAUGCCAGAUGGUGAGACUUGGCCUAAUAAAGAAAUUCAGAACGAGAAAGGAAAAGGAAAAGAAUUUGCAAAUGAAAACAACAAGGAAAAGGAGAAUUCUCCCUCUAUAUCAAAGAAAAGGAGUUUUAGUGAAAUGGAUGCAGAAGGAGGUGCAUAUGAAUCUGCAAGCAGAUCUGGUGAUCCUCCUGCCAUGCUGGAAGAGUCUAGUAAAUCACCUCAAGCAAGUUUGAAGACAUGAGUCAGUAUGUCAAUCGAGUUAGGUAUGACAGAAGUGGCUUCUGCAAAUCUGGAUCUUUAGUUUAGAUUUAGAUUUUAAUUAGUUUCUGAAUUCCUUUUUAUGGACUAAAAUCAACAUUAUUAGGAUCUGACUAGAACAGAAGUGAAUUUUAGCUACUGAGGUCUGAAACAGUGUUUGCACAACCCACAUGUUUUAUGCUGUAAAAUUUGAUUCAUGCAGUUUAUUUACUAUUGUGUAUUGUCAAUAUUUGUUACGAGGGGUGGUUGUAUUUGUUGCUUGAAUUGGUUAUUAUAGAAUGUAGAUAGGCUUACUUGUUACAUGUCCACAGUGGAGCAUACCUUCUGUCUCAUUUGCUGACUCAUUUUGACUACACUAAUGAAAACCCGUUUCUGAUUUUUACUG